AUGAACAACGACCUUAGCCUUGAACCGGAAGAAGAGAAGGAGAAAAGAUCCAGAGAGCUUAGCAAGAAGAAUCUAAGGCAGGCGAGAUCAAGGAGAAGCGAGAAGACAAAGGAUCCUGGAAUCGAUGGCGAAGGUGGACAAUCGAAGGUGAAGGUAGGAACCGAGCAUGAGAUUUUCGCUCUCGGCCAUAAAACAGAAGGGUUAAGAAGAGAAGACCACAAAAACGAGUCUAAGAUCCACGCGAUGAAGGAAAGUUAG